AUGGGGCACGUUCCCCCGAAAACCGUUGUUGAAUUCGAAAUCAGCCCAGGUACUGCAUUUGACCAAGGGAAUCGCCUCGUCCCUGACGCCAGCUACGGUAUCAUGUCUUGGGAGAUUGCGGACAAAGACGUGACGAAGCUACGGGAGACCGUGUCAGCAGAAGGAUCUCUCCUAUACAGCUUUCUGAAAUGUUCUCUUAUUGUGAAAAAUUCCGGAGAAACCUUCCUACUCGGUAACCAAAAUCUGUCCACCUCAAUGACGCAUCCAUUUGGACUACUUCAAGAAGUGGCAUUGAGCUCCUCGGGUGAUGCUCUUGUGACGAACCAUGAUAAUAUCGUUAAAACAUGGGAUAUGACAAUAGGGACACCUUAA